AUGGGUACUUGCUAAGUGAAAUUUUGCAGAUGCACAUGCCAAGAAGGCAGACUUGGCUGCUAGUGCGGUAGUGAAAAUACCAUUAUGCUUGAGGAACAAUCGAGGGAGAUUAGAAGAAGAAGGAUUACUUAGGAUUAAAUGGUAAACAAUAUCAACUCAGACAAAUAGAGAAGAUCCAAUCGUUUUGAAAAUCAGAAAAGUAGGGCUGGGUCUCCUGCUUAAUCGAAUUCUAGUGGUUCUUAAAAUAAAACCAAAUUCUCCACCUAUCGCAAAGCUACUAAUAAAUCUCCAAACUCAGUCGAAAGAUAUUUGCUGUCCCAAGAAUGCAACAUACCAACUGACCAUAGUUAAUAAGACAAUAAGCGUAAACCAAAAAUAAGGGAUCAAGCUUUUAAGAUAGGAUAGAUUUAUUUCAAAAAAGAGGAUUACGACUUUUAAUUCCAGCAAGUCACAGAAAAAAAACUAAACACCAAUGAAAUCAAAAUGGAAUCGCCUCAUUUUCAAAAUUCAAAGAAGAAUUUAGAAAAUAAACAAAGUCUGGAUUAAAUUCAGUCAAUCUAAGAUCCUAGUGCUUCUAUGAAGACGCCCACAACUACUGCUCUAGAAGUCACAAACAAUCGAACCAUGUCUAAUCCAAUAUUAAAUCAACACCCUUCGAUUUCCAAAGAAAGUUCUCCUACCAAAAUCUCACAUCCCAUAACCUAAGUCAGUAUUGGACCUAUUUCGAAUAAGCAGUCCUUGUCUGUGAUUACAGAUUAACAAUAAUUAAAAAAUAGAUCACGCACUGCUGAUCUAUUUGAUGACUAAAAGAGUGUUACCAUAAGAAGUGUAUUAAAAAAAAAAUAAAAAAAUGAUGAUUCAUUCAGAACUUAACAAUAAGAAUCCCGAAAAGUUAGAUUCGACUUACCUAAUUCACAUUAUAUAAGAGAAAGACAACGAUAACAACCUAGACUAUAUUAAUGA